AUGGAGGCGAGGGAUUGGAUACAGAAGGUUGUGGGACUUCAUCUCGGAUUGAGCGAAACGACCGCUGAGGAAUAUUUGAGAGAACCGAUUCUGGAAAACUUCCUCGCAAAUAGAAACAACCAGCUACUAUUUGUUACCUAUGAUGAGCAGGUGACCCAGGACAUUCGCCUAGCUUCAGAACCGGAUAGCUUGGACGGAACGUUGCGAUGCGUAGCCCUUUCAAAAACCAAGCCAACACAAAUAACCCCAGAGAAUGUAUCUGAAGUUCUUCAAAUAACACCGUUAUGGAGAUCGCCCGCCAACAGUUUAUACCAAGCCGUACAUACAGUUUUCGCACCAGUCUUACUCAAGAAUUCCAAAUGGGGGAUUACCGCAAAGCUGCAAAACUUGAUUAGCGAACUUGACAUGAGCCUAGCGAGCUCAGUUCGCAGUGGAUCUGAUACGGCGGAAAAGUUUGCCGCGAACGAGUUGGAUUUCAGAUCUAUAUUCACCCUUGAUGAUGAGUUCUUGUAUUGGGUGGAGCAAGGAACGGAUUACGCGACCUCCAAGAAAGCUAAAGCACGUGCGGAACUUUUCAAAAGUCUGCUACAACCGCUCAAGAUUGAGUAUGAUAAGAUGAGCUCCAUGAAUAUGGUGGACUUUGCGGAAAUAGUGGAGAAAACACAGGAUGUUUUGGAUGAUCUCUGGAGACAAGGAGAAUUUCCUGACUAUCCUGAAAGUCGCAUGAGGCAUUUGCUAGAUGUCCUCACAGAGGAAUUGAUUGGUUGCAUACAGGACAAGCUCUCCGAGUACAACGUCAUGCUGGAGGGGUUUUCAUUAAUCAAAGAACACUUGCAUGCCGCAAUUUCUGUUUGCGAUGCUUGGGAAUCUACUGCACUAACUCUAACAGAGCGGUUAUGGCCAUACUAUGCUUCUCAUCAGUGGACUGGGCCGCCCUUCACAAAUAGUCAACUGUCCGCAUUCACCGCCCGAUUACGCGAGAUUCGCUCCCUACGUAUGACACAUGAUCUCUUAACGCAACUGUUACCGUCCGAAGAGCAACUCGAGCUUCAUGUAGAAGACACGCUCGCGGUGUUCAGUGCCGUAAAUCCGCUUCAUGUGAACAAGUACACAGAGCCGAGUUGGAAGAGUGCUGUAGUCCAAUAUUUUAAGAUAUUGGAACCCGUCGAGGAUAAGGCAAUCUCGCGGCUACGUUCCAUAUUCGGCAGCCUGCAGACUUCCCCUAGUCAGCUGCUACGUGAAUUUCAGAAGUAUGGAGAUCUGAUUAAACGAGAAUCCAUCGCACGACAGCUAGCUUCUGAGCGUGAUACCUUGGUGGAUCAAUUGAUUUCGGGGCUUAAGGCUAUCAAAAACGAGUUUCAGGAUUGGGUUCAAGAAGCAAAAGGUUUAAAGGGGAAAAACUUCCCUACCGCGGUCAAUAAUAUAGUCUGGGCGAGACAAACCAUCAUGAAGAUCGAAGAAACCGACAGGUUUGUAGAAACUUGCAUCGGCCCAAUGGCAUCAUAUCAUCAGGUUUCCAGCGAAAUAUAUGAGGAUUUGCGGAAAUAUGAGAAAGAACAAUUUGCAGAAUGGGUGGCCGAUACCGAAGACGCAAUGGAAGAUCCAGGUGGAAUAAUGAGUCUUAAGCGAACUGGACGACUCAUGGAGCUGGACUUUAGCGACGGAAAGCUGCGAGUGAAUUAUAGCGAUGAACUCGUGACACUUAUCAGAGAGGUCCGACAGUUACUUGCAAUGGGUUUUGCGGUUCCUGCAAAGAUUCAGCAAGUGACCGAUAACGCGCAAAAGUAUUACCGACAUGGUGUUGUGCUGAAGCAAGUGGCACACUUUUAUAACACCAUUGAUCAGCAAAUGCUUCCAUCUCAGCAAGCAAUGCUUUUGGAUAAGGCGUUAGCUUUUGAACGACUUAUCAAGAAUCCUAGGGGUGAUUCCGAUGUAAGGGGAGGCCGGGCUGCGAGCAGCAUAACAUGGGACAGCCCUCAUGAGCUUGAGAUGUACAUUUCCCAAAUUCAAGCGUCUGGUGACAGGUUGACAUCCAGUAAUCGAAAAUUGAGAAAAUUUCAUUCGGUUAUUUGCGACCAUGUGAUUUCGCUGAUGAACCUUGACCUGGUAAAAAGCCAGGGCAAGUGGAAGGAAACGUUAAAUACUAUUAGGGGAGUAAUCGGGUUGGUCCAAGAAGGCGGCAUUCGGAUGGAGGAGACAUUAACCUGGAGAAAUCACUGGGACUAUCAACUUUACAAGGCACUAGAACAUCAGUACCAAAUGGGCUUGGAGAACCUGAAUGAGAGCUUGCCAGAAAUCAAAGUGGACCUUAUUUUCAAGCAGCAGAAGCUCCAGUUUCGGCCCGCGUUCGAGGAAAUCAGAGCCAAAUACUACAGAGAGAUGAAGAAAUUCAUCAAUAUUCCUGCUGCUUUCCGUGGACUGGGUGAAACGGAUGUCUUCAGGCACAUGAUUGACAACAAUGCCACCUCACUUUCAACAGUUUAUCAGAAGGCCGAUACGCUCUUCCAAAACCUUUAUAAGGUCCAAGACCUUUUCAAAGAUUGGGUCAUUUUGGGAACUGUAGAUCUGGAUGAAUUUGUUGAGGAGGCAUUGGCAGAUGUCAGUGAUUAUGAAGCAAACCUUCGAUCAUUAAAAACAAAAGGCAAAGAAGCAGAGCAGCUACCUAUGGAAGUCAAGGUGGACUGCAUAACGGUGUCCACUGCAUCAGUGAAAGCCACCAUUGACGACCACCUGCAACGACUUUUUGACUCAAUGCUGAGCACCCUACGAAAAUCCAUCAAUCGACAUAUGUCAGCGGUUGAUGAUUUUGUUACCAAAGGAACGGAUAUUCUGUCCAAGAGGCCCCAGAGCAUGGCAGAAGUUGGCGAAGCAAAUGCUAGACAUGAGGAGCUGGCUGCCGGUCAAGCGUCAAUCCGCUGGAACUUUGAAGCGGCUGAGGUAAAGAACAAGUUACUCAAAUCAGUUGCUGGCGGUGGUAUAGACGUCACACCAGUCCAUGCUCGUUGGACGAAAUUGGAGAUUAUGCUGGAAAGCCAUGAGUUGAUGAUCAAAGAACAGGUGGACGUCCUGCGAUCCCAAAUAGAGGGGCGAAGGCAGUCUUUCCUAAAAGAGCUUGAAAAGUUUGGAGCCCGAUGGCAUCAGUUGAAACCAAAGGCAUUAGAUGCCGGGAAGCCCGAUAUCGCUGCUCAAUCCGUACAGUUCGUGAAAGACCGUCGCGCUGAGUUUGACGAGCUACGGAGAACGGCUGCGCAGAUUAGGGACGAUUGCGCCCAGUUUGGGGUGGAUCCUCCGGAAUUUCAAGAACUAGAUGAAUUGAGCGAGGAUAUUACAUCCCAUGAAGAGAUGUGGGGAAUGUACGAGCAGUAUAGCGAGAACUUGGACGCCUUGAAGAAAGAGGAUUGGAUCUCGUUUCGCAAUAAAGUACACUCCUUUGAGGAUCUGCUUGCGAAAUGGGCAGAAAAGAUCCGGGGACGUCAGAUGGACGCUAUAUGCGUUCAUAUACAGCGUGACAUUGAUUCCUAUCGCGAAAUAACACCUGUUCUCAAGUUCAUGCGAGGGGAUAACUGGACUACUGAACACUGGGGUGACCUCUUCCGCAUAACAGGUAUCCCAAAAGGAGUGACCUUGUCUGAUUUGACAUUUGGCCAUAUUUUGGGAACGAAAGAGACCGUCCUCCAACGUAUCAAUGAAGUCAAAGAAUUGAACAAUCGAGCACAGGGAGAAAUUACCAUUAGAGAAGCCAUUCAAGAGCUUGACAUGUGGGGUGCUGGAGCCAUGUUUGCUCUAACUGAAUAUCAGGACGCCAAAGAAAUAAGUGUGCAGCUCAUCAAAGACUGGAAGGAAACAUUGACGCAAGUUGGAGAUAAUCAAUCCCUCUUACAAUCUCUCAAGGAUUCACCGUACUACAAGUACUUUGCUGAUAAGGGAGCAAUUUGGGAAAAGAAAUUGGUGGAGCUGGAUGAAUAUCUACGAAAUCUGAAUACGAUCCAGCGAAAAUGGGUAUAUCUCGAACCCAUUUUCAGCCGCGGGGCACUUCCAAACGAGCAGCAUCGAUUCAGUCGAAUCGAUGACGAUUUUCGAAGUGUUAUGGCGAGCAUCGCCAAAGAUGCAAGGGUUGUGUCCAUCUUAUCAUAUCCGAAUAUUAAAGAUGUAUUGAUCACUCUUGUCGAUCAGCUGGAAAGAUGUCAAAAGGCUCUCAAUGAAUUCUUGGAGCAGAAGCGGGCAAAGUUUGCACGUUUCUACUUUAUUGGUGAUGAGGAUCUGCUCGAGAUUCUAGGGCAGGCUAAGAACCCAAAUGUGAUUCAAGCACAUUUGAAAAAGCUCUUUGCAGGCGUGCAUACUGUUCAGUUUGACGACAGCAUGAAAGCGAUUGUCGCAAUGAGAAGCAUUGAUGGCGAAGUCGUUUCAUUGCGCAAGCCAGUGAAAAUCACGGACGAGGUUGAGGGCUGGCUAGAAGACUUUGCAAGAGAAAUGAAGUCGACCCUACAGACAUUGCUGACGCAAUGCUUAUCUGUUACCGACAUCUUCAAGUACCCUUCACAGCUUCUAACUCUAGCAGAGUAUCUUCACUUCACGGCGAAUGUCGAGACGGCCAUUGCUCAGGGUGGAAGUUUCAUGCAGCUCGCACAUGAUCUGAAAAAUCACCUUGACGAAUAUACAAACUUUGAUACAACAUCCAUCGAAGAUACCACAGAUCGUCACGUUGUAGAGCUCAAAAUCAAGUCGCUGAUUUUGGAUAUCAUCCAUCUGAUUGACGUCGUCAAUCAGCUACAAAAUGCAAACGUAACCUCUGUGACGGAUUGGGUCUGGCAGCGCCAGCUACGCUUCUACAUGAACUCUGACAACAUAUGUACGAUUCGGAUGAGUGAUGCUGAGUUCCUUUAUACGUACGAGUAUCAGGGAAAUCCGCCUAAAUUGGUGCAUACGCCUUUGACUGAUAAGUGUUAUUUAACGCUUACGCAGGCCAUGGCAAGCGGAUUUGGUGGAAAUCCUUUUGGUCCUGCGGGCACAGGAAAGACUGAAUCAGUUAAAGCUUUGGGCGUACUUUUUGGACGUCAGGUGCUUGUUUUUAACUGCGAUGAAGGAAUUGACUAUAAAAGCAUGGGAAGAAUCUUUGUUGGACUAGUGAAGUGCGGUGCAUGGGGCUGUUUUGAUGAGUUCAAUCGACUGGAAGAGGCGGUGCUUUCGGCUGUGUCCCAGCAGAUUCAAGUGAUCCAGGCUGCACUGAAAGCGAAGAAAGAUACAGUUGACUUACUAGGAAAGACGAUCGGCUUGGACGCCAAUUCAGGUAUCUUUGUAACGCUAAACCCAGCCGGAAAGGGUUACGGUGGGCGGCAAAAGCUGCCGGACAACUUGAAGCAACUCUUCCGCUCAAUUGCUAUGACGCAUCCCGAUAACGAGCUGAUUUCUGAAGUCAUACUCUUCUCGGAAGGGUUUAAACGGGGCCAAGAGCUUGGUAGCAAAGUUGUUUCUGUUUUCACUCUGUGUAAGCAACUACUUUCGCGUCAGCAACAUUACGACUGGGGUCUUCGACCGUUAAAAGCUGUUCUGGCAUUUGCUGGUCAUUUGCUGCACGAGGAGAAGCGACGACAGGUGGUUGAUAGUAAGCGGGAAGCGGCCAUCAUUGUCAAAGCUCUACGAGUUAACACCCUCUCGAAGCUGACAUUUGCCGACGGGCAACGUUUCGAUGCAUUGAUGAACGACAUUUUCCCUGACGUUUCUCCAGAAGAUGUCACUUAUGAAGAGCUAGCUAAGGCUGUGAAGGAGACGUACGAUGAGCUCAACUUAGUGUACAUCGAAUCACAGGUUGAAAAGAUAUUCCAGUUCUACCAAGCGUGUCGGCAACGAAUGGGCGUAGUGCUAGUGGGGCCUUCUGGAUCCGGCAAAAGUACAUUAUGGCGAGUGUUAAGAGUGGCGUGGCAAAAAGUUGGCCAAAAACUUCGCCAGCACAGUGUAAAUCCUAAAGCUAUUGACCGCAAUGCUUUGUUGGGACACAUGGAUAUGGAUACGCGAGAAUGGUUUGACGGAGUCCUAACUUCGGCAUCGCGGCAGGCAGUAAAGGAGCCUGGCGAUGUCCACAGUUGGAUUAUAUCUGACGGGGACAUCGAUCCGGAAUGGGUGGAAUCACUCAAUUCUGUUCUUGAUGAUAAUCGGUUACUAACAAUGCCCAAUGGCGAGCGGAUCCAAUUCGGACCUAAUGUUAAUUUUAUAUUCGAAACCCACAACUUGAAAUUUGCGUCGCCAGCUACCGUUAGUCGUAUGGGAAUGAUCUACCUUUCGGAUGAGACUCUCGACCCACGAGCUUUAGUGCAAGCUUGGAUUACAAGGCAGCCUGAGUCUCGCAGAGGAAAAUUCGCAGAGUGGAUCGAUGGCUUCUUCUACAAGAGCGUUGACUGGAUUCUGCAAAACAGCGACAUGGUUGUAGAGACAACUCGUGUUGGGCUGAUUACGAACGGAUUGUCACAUCUAGUGGGCGUAACCAGCCGCACAGAGUUCCUUUACAGUCUGAUUCGCGGUCUGGGUGCCAAUCUCUAUGUGGAGGCCCGCUUGGCGUUUGCCAAUGAGCUACUUCAAUGGGCUGGAGAACCUUCACCUGAUUCGAAGCGCACAUUGGACUACUUUGUAGGAAAGAGCGGACGCCUUGAGACAUAUCAACUAACCGAUCCAGACAGUCUAAACUUCUCCAACAUCGAAGAGCUGGAUGGUCUACCUGUUAUCGAAACGGUGGACGUGAAGAAAGCGAUUGAUGUGGUCAUGCCCUGGUUUGCAGACAGCCAGCCAUUUCUUUUGGUGGGUCCCGAGGGGGCCGGAAAGCACAUGCUACUCCGGCACUGUUUCUCCGAAUUGAAGUCAACUGCGAUUGCAAUGAUUCAUUGCAGUGCUCAGACCCGGUCUUCCCACAUUCUCCAAAGAUUGUAUCAAUCGUGUAGUGGGGCACAGACUACCACUGGCCGCGUCCUGAGACCCAGAGAUGCUGAACGACUUAUCGUUUACCUAAAGGACAUCAACCUUCCUAAGCCGGACAAAUACGAAACUGUUGAACUAGUACAGUUCCUGCAGCAAUUACUGACGUAUCAAGGAUUUUACGAUCAUAAUCUUGAAUGGGUGGGGAUCGAAAACAUUCAAAUCGUGGCUUCUAUGAACCCUUCGUCAACGAUGGGACGGCACGAACUCUCAACCCGAUUCACAUCCGUUAUUCGCCAAUUCUAUAUGUCCUACCCUGAUCGCGAGCAGCUCCAAGUAGUUUAUAGAAUUCUUGCUCAGCCAUUGCUCAAUCGAUCUCUUCCAUCUCACAAGGUCUGGAGUGUAUCGCGUAAUGUUCAAAAGCUGGCCACAUCUAUGAUCUCCAUUUACGACCAAACCACACAACGUUUUACGCCGGAUGUCCGCUCACACUAUCUCUACACCCCACGGGACUUGUCUCGAUGGAUCUUGGGCAUUGCACAGUAUCAAUACACGGAUCAAGAACAGGGUGAACUACUUAAUGUUGUUGCAUACGAGGCGCUACGCUUGUUUCAAGACCGACUGGUGACCACAAGUGCGCGACAGAAAUUCCAAACUACGCUGUCAACUGUCCUGCGCAACGACUGGAACCAUGAGAUCAAUCUCCAGGGCUUCGUUUACACAAGCACAAUGGGAGCAACUUCGACUACGAACCUAACGAUAGGGAGGAGUCUGACAAGAGUUGCCGUGGACCAGUACCAGCAAAGCAUCAUUACAGCUCUAAAGAUCUACGAACGCGAUUAUCGGGACUUGAAUGUGCAUCUGUUCCCCGAAACUCUCGAGCAAAUUGCCUUGGUGGAGAGAGUUCUUGGACAACCAGCAGGAUCGCUUUUAUUUGCUGGAAGGCCAGGCGUAGGACGCCUAGGUGCUGUACUCAUUGUCUCGCACAUGCUUCGUCUGAAAGUAUUCUCUCCGAGUGUGGGACGGAAUUAUGGAAUGAAAGGAUUCAGCGCAGAUUUGAAGCAGAUUUUACAGACGGCUGUGGCAGGCGAAGAAGCCGUGCUAUUACUGGAGGAUCAUCAGCUGACGAAUCCAGCCUUUCUGGAAAGCGUGAAUAGUCUUCUAAGCGGAGGCGAGGUGCCUGGUCUGUAUACUCAGGAUGAGUUUGAUUCCCUGCUGGGCUCCCUCAAGGACAAGCAUUCGGAAGAAGGCUACAGAGGCACCCUCUUUGAAUACUUCGUCUCCCGUGUCCGGAGAUAUCUGCAUAUUGUACUGAUUCUGGACUCAUCGUCGCCCAACUUUAUACACAACUGCGAAGCCAAUCCAGCGUUGUAUACUCGUUGCCACAUCGCAUGGAUGGACAGCUGGUCUCCGGAUACUAUGAGUAGAUAUGCCCAGGAGGUGUUCACUACUAAUCCAGCUCUGGCCGAACUUAAAGACCAGGAUCAGUUAAUUAAACAGAUGAUGUCAAUUCAUUCAACAUGUGCGUCCCGCGGAGCUACACCAAAACAUUUCAACGACUACGUUUCCGCGUACGAGCGCAUCUACUGCAAACAGAGGGAUUCCUUCCAUAAGAAGCAGAAAUACCUUGAAGGCGGUCUGUCCAAAAUGAACGAGGCAGCAAAUUACGUUGAUAAGUUAUCAGUAGAGGCAAAGAAACAAGGGGAAGAGCUGAUAGCGAAGCAGAAGGAAGCUGAUGCCGCUCUGAAGCAGAUCACAGACAGUAUGGUGCGCGCGUCAGAACAGAAGAAAGAGAUGGAAGAGCUCUCCGUGCAUCUGAGAGAAGAAGAAGAGACCCUCAUGAAAAGGAAGCAAGUGAUCGAACAAGAGCUGGCAGAGGUGGAGCCAACCAUUCGAGCGGCAAAGGCUGCAGUUGGGGAGAUCCGCUCAGAUAGCCUGUCGGAAAUUAGGUCAUUGCGUGCUCCACCUCCUGCGAUCCGUGAUGUCCUGGAAGGUGUUUUGCGCAUAAUGGGUAUUCUAGAUAUGUCAUGGAACAGCAUGAAAUCAUUUCUGGGAAAACGAACAGUUAAAGACGAGAUCAUGAAUUUCGACGCACGAAAUAUAAAUAAACAAGUGCGAGAAUCAGUCGGCGAGUUAUUGCAACAGAAGAGAGAAUCUUUUGAAGAGGCGAAUAUUAAACGCGUAUCACUUGCUGCCGCUCCGCUGGCUAGCUGGGUGAAGGCAAACUUGCAGUACUCAGUUAUUCUGGAGAAAAUUGCUCCUCUUGAGACAGAUUUGGCUCGCCUAACUAAAUCAUUGGAUGCAUCUCGUGAGCGAGUCCAGACCCUGAAAGAGGGGCUGGCAGUAGUGGAUCAGAAAGUGGCGGCCCUGAAGGAUGACUUCUCGGGCAAAACAAGAGAAGCUGAAACUUUGCGUACUAAUCUGGAAAAAGCAACGGCCACGAUCCAAACCGCACAAGGUCUUCUAGGGAAGUUAUCUGGAGAAGGGAAGCGAUGGGCUAGUCAGGUGAACGACAUAAAUGAAUCCCUGUCCAGCUUACCGAAAAAUGCUUUGCUUGCAUCGGCGUUCAUGACGUACUUGACUGGUGCAUCGGAGGAUACCCGAUACGAUAUUGUUCAAGAAUGGAAAAAAAUUACCGGCGUUGAUGAAUUCUUCUUUCGAAAAGUUAUGAGCACAGAAAGUGAGCAGCUGGUUUGGAAAUCACAAGGAUUGCCAUCCGAUGGUCUAUCCCAGGAAAAUGCGAUAGCUAUUUUGUCCAGCGCUGUCACUCCGUUGAUUGUGGACCCAUCCGGUCAGGCGGUCCUCUGGUUGAAGACGCAUCUGGCUGAUAAAAAGCCUGAAGUGAUUAACCAGCAUGACGACAACUUCGUUAGGGCCGUGGAACUGGCAGUACGCUUUGGGAAAGCACUCGUUAUUCAAGAGCUCAACGAAUUAGAGUCGUUCCUGUAUCCCAUCUUACGGAAAAAUUUGCAGAAACACGGCCCUCGGUUCGUUGUUCAGCUUGGGGACAAAACCGUGGACUACAAUGAAGACUUCCGAUUGUACCUGAUUACUUCUAAAUCGACUUUCCAGAUUCCAUCGGAUGCGAUGGCUUAUGUCCAAGAAAUCAAUUUCACGGUAACUCGUGCAGGUUUAGCUGGCCAAUUACUCGGCGUGACAUUAAAGCAUGAGAAACCCGAGCUUGAGUUGGAAAAAAUCGAACUUCUGAAAAGAGAAGAUGAGCUCAAGAUACAGUUGGUGGAUCUGGAAGAGUCGUUGUUGAAGGAACUUGCAAGCUCUCAAGGAAAUAUCCUGGAGAAUAAGAGCCUGAUAGAUUCACUGAAUGAAACGCGCGACAAGAGUACAAUCAUUGCGACCAGUUUGCAAGAGUCGCAAAAGCUCCAAGCUUCCCUGGACGCAGAGCGAGACAAGUUUGCCCCCUUUUCUGAUUUCGGCAGUGCCCUCUUCUUCGUCGUCAGUGAUUUGCGAAAACUUAAUAACAUGUACCAAUUCUCGCUCGCUUCAUUUUUGCACCUCUUUGAGAAGUCUCUGCGAGCUGAAGGAUCUGCUGCAAAAGAUGGCACGGAACUCCGCAUAAAGCUUCUCAUGAACAUUUUGGAGAAGUUGACUUACAACUACAUUUCGCGAUCUCUCUUCAAAGCCGACCGCCAGAUGUUUGCGUUGCAUCUUGUUCAUCAGCUACAUGGAAGCAUCUUUGAGCCCAAUGAAUGGGAGCUCUUCAGUGGUCAACUUGUGACAGCGGAGGAGGAAGGUGGUCCUGAACCUCCUGCAUGGGUACCAGCCGAACGAAGACCGAUGCUGAAGCAGCUGCAGGCCAUUUUGCCAAAUCUGAGUCAGCUACUUAACUUCAGCGAUACAGAAAGUUGGAGCCGAUGGAUGAAAGAUCCCAGCUGCGAAGUUGAACUGCCUAACCCCAAAACGAGUGGCUUCCAAAAAUUGCUGGUUGUUCAAGCUCUGCGUCCCGACAGAUUGAUGACUACAAUGAACAAAUUCUGUUGUAAUGUUAUCGGCAUCGAGAGCUUGGCUCCUCUACCUUUAAAUAUGAGCAGACUUCACGCAGAAGAAACCACAGCUCGCGAACCUAUCCUCUUCAUCACUACGGCAGGCGCCGAUCCAUCCCAGGAGCUGAAAGAUUUCGCAAUACAACAUGUAGGCGCAGACAAAUACCAACAGGUGGCCAUGGGUCAAGGUCAAGGGGAGCUGGCUAUAUCCCUUCUUCGGGAAGCUGCUAUGAGUGGCGGUUGGUUAUGUCUUCAAAAUGUUCAUCUUGUCACUGGGUGGCUGCCGCAGUUGGAAAAGGAGCUGUCAUCGAUAAAACCGCAUGAAGGCUUCCGCUUAUGGAUGACAUCGGAAGCCCACGCAAAGUUUCCAACAAACCUGCUUCAGAAUAGUUUGAAGAUUACUGUGGAAGCACCACCAGGGGUAAAGAAAAAUCUUCAACGAACUUACGAAGCAUGGAGUCCUUCUUUCAUUUCCAGUGGCCCUGUGCAUAGGGCACAAGCUCUGUUUGCCCUCGCAUGGUUUCAUGCGGUCAUUCAGGAGCGUCGAACAUAUAUCCCACAAGGUUGGAACAAGUUCUAUGAAUUCUCCGCAGCAGAUUUGCGCUCGAGUGCAGACCUAAUUAGUACCAUGUGCGUAUCGAACAGGCCGCCCCAGUGGUCUGUUCUGCAUGGGUUGUUGGAGAAUGCCAUCUACGGCGGAAGGAUUGAUGAUGUGAACGACGCCAUGAAGCUGAAUACGUACCUUGCCCAGUACUUCAAUGACGAUGUCUUUAUGAUUGCCGGUCGAUCUCCAACUCGAAGGCUCGCCAAAGGCAUGAACUUGCCAAACAUUGCCGAUCAUACAUCAUAUCAAGCAUUGAUUGCCGACCUACCCGAAGUCGACAAUGUCACGACAUUCGGUCUGCCUGCCAACAUUGAUCGGGCGUUACAGAGAUAUAGUAGUCAGUCUGUUAUUGGGCAGCUGAAAGUCCUGCGUCAAGCUGAUAUCCAAGGUUUGCGAUUUGAAAAGGAAAAGUGGGCUAGAGACUUGACACCGUUUUUGCAGUUAUGGAAAAAGUUCAAUACUGGUAAUGAGUUGAUGCAGCGGAAGGUGAGCCAGGACCCCGAAGCAAACCCAAUUAGUUCUUUCCUGGCUUUGGAACUGGUAAAUGCCCUGACUCUCCUUCGCCGGAUUGACGCCGACCUGGCUGCCAUAUCCAAAGUCCUACGCGGAUCCAUGCUGCUUACCAACGAUAUUAUGGCAGUUGCGAAAUGUCUCUUGGAGGGAGUAACUCCGCAAAGCUGGCUAUUGCUCUGGGAAGGACCAGAGACCCCACAACUGUUUAUUCGCGAAGCCAUGUCAAAUGGAUUGGAGGUCGACCAAUGGCGAGAGAAAAGUAAUGCGGGUACCUUGUUCAAAAGCUCGUUGAGAAUGGCUGGACUAUUCAAUCCGGUGACAUUCUUGAAUGCUUUGAGGCAGCAUACAUCACGAAUAAUUCGCGUUCCGAUGGACGACUUAAAACUCGUAACAACCUGGUCCACUACCCCGCUUCCCUCUGUUCCCGUUUCCAUAUCAAUUACUGGCCUGCUUCUCCAAGGCUGCACAUUUGAUGGCAACCGCUUAUCUGAAGCCCGCGCCGAAGAGCCUACGUUUGUCCAAGCACCCAUAUGUAAUUUGGCUUGGGCACCGAAAAGCACACCUCCCGUGUACAAAGCCGUUAUAGAAGUUCCAGUUUAUCUGGAAGCAACAAGGGAAAAAGGAGUGUGCAGAGUCAGCGUACCCUGUGAGGGACAAGGUGACGGCUGGCUCUUGGCGGGUGUGGCAUUUUUUUUAAAAUCUGAGUAGAUGGCAUGUACAAAUGCGAUUCGACACUAUUAUGUAAAAUAACAAUAUCAUCCUUUGAACACAGCGUAACGGCAUAUGCAGUAA